CUUGAGUCGCAGCGGCCUCAUCAGAAAAUCUCGUUCUUUCAAGUGAUAGCUGGACACUUUCACUUGGCCGUUGGACAGACCUCGCAGACAUGUCGAAUAACAGCGCAAACAGCAGCAACUUGGUUAUCGCUCAGAAGGUGGUAAAACAACUUCGCCUAGAGGCGAGUGUUCGCAGGAUCAAGGUGUCCCAGGCAGCAGCGGACCUGAAGACCUUCUGCCUGCAGAACGCCCAUAAAGACCCUCUCCUCAUGGGGGUGCCCUCCAGCGACAACCCCUUCAGACCCCCCAAGUCCUGCGCCCUCUUCUGAGGCGAUGGUGAUGAUGGAGGCUUGUAAAACACGUCUGAACAUUCCCCAAGGAUGCCUUUCAAUUCCAAGCCCCUUGGCGUCUCCUACACCCUUCCCCACCACGUCGUCACUGAAGACCUCAAGGCCAGAACACAAUCACAGGCAUUAACCCUAUGCUGAGUGAGUUUUGACAUGUGUUCUGUUCUGUUCUACAGCUCAAUAAGGAUCAAAUUUGCAGUCCUUUCUGUAUUGAGAUCAUUAGAAUGAAAGCACUCCUCAAAGUAUAAAUAUGGCAGUCUCUCCCUGUAGUCUCUACCUUUUGUUACUUUUAUUUUACUCAAAGUGAAAUUGAACUGUAUUAGGUUUUACACAUUGUUGUUGGUGAGUCUUUUAAAGUGGUUGACCCAGUGCCAUUACAUGAGUAUAGCCUACCGUGUCAAUGUUGUGAAGCUAUGUUCAACACACUACAAGAUAUUACACCCAAGUUUGAUCUCAGAGCUUGUUUUUCAAAAUGGUGCUCAGUUGGUUGCAAACACAAUGCAAAGUUCCACACAAAUUCGCCUUAACACUGUCACUGUGAUUUUUGUCAGAUGAAAUUGUGAACCAUUUCAAUAAGUGUCAUUUAUGAUUCUCUGCUAAAAGUGUGGUGACUCCAUGAGCCUCAAGAGAAUUUAGUCUUUUGACAGAUAUUUUGCACGCAUUCUCAUGUGUUAAACACUCGACUACACUGUUAAGAUCCUCAGUUGACAGUUAAACCACUGUGAUGCAAAAUUGAAUUCAAAAGAAAAUGGUGUUACUAUGUCUUGAAAAGAGUGACUCAGAUGUUAGAGGUUUCUUAUGGGUGUUGGCAUAUAGAGAUCUCAAACUCAGGUCAUGGAACAGAUCUGUUUCAAUGCUGGUUUUGUGGUGUUGCUCAGUCAACAUCAGAAUAAUGAUAUGAAGGAUCAUAACAAGAAUAUUAGGAUUACUGUACUGACACUAUAGAUAAGUAUAAUUGCUGUGUAUCAUCAUUAUAAAUAAGCCUGAUCUCAGGACACACAGUGGAAGGAGACUGCUACUCCAUUGGUGCAUCUAAGUUAAAGUAAGGACACAUUCUAAAUGGUUUAAAGUCCUUUUUCGGGUUCCCCACCCCUUUUACCUUUUACUCUUUGCGUACUGCUUCAAACUAAUGUGCCUUAGUAUGUGCCAAACCUCUGGUAAUUUAAAUGCCCCGAUUUUAACACGAGACCUGUUGAGGCCUAAAUCUGCAUUUACUUUCCCACUUGAUUAAUCAGAAACACUUAAAGAGGACCUGAAGAAGUUGAAAAACAACACCAGAGAAUGAGUCAUGUUUAGGAACCAUACUGUGUUCUUAUUACAACAUGAAGUGUUGCUAAAAACUGGAGAACAGCCCAUCAACAUGUUCCAAUACCCAGAAACAUGUCUUCAAUAAUGUCCUCAGACUUGACCACUGAUAGGUGAAAGGACUAGGCCUACAUAGACUUGACCACUGAUAGGUGAAAGGACUAGGCCUACAUAGACUUGACCACUGAUAGGUGAAAGGACUAGGCCUACAUAGAUUUGACCACUGAUAGGUGAAAGGACUAGGCCUACAUAGAUUUGACCACUGAUAGGUGAAAGGACUAGGCCUACAUAGAUUUGACCACUGAUAGGUGAAAGGACUAGGCCUACAUAGAUUUGACCACUGAUAGGUGAAAGGACUAGGCCUACAUAGAUUUGACCACUGAUAGGUGAAAGGACUAGGCCUACAUAGAUUUGACCACUGAUAGGUGAAAGGACUAGGCCUACAUAGACUUGACCACUGAUAGGUGAAAGGACUAGGCCUACAUAGACUUGACCACUGAUAGGUGAAAGGACUAGGCCUACAUAGACAUGACCACUGAUAGGUGAAAGGACUAGGCCUACAUAGAUUUGACCACUGAUAGGUAAAAGGACUAGGCCUACAUAGAUUUGACCACUGAUAGGUGAAAGGACUAGGCCUACAUAGACUUGACCACUGAUAGGUGAAAGGACUAGGCCUACAUAGAUUUGACCACUGAUAGGUGAAAGGACUAGGCCUACAUAGAUUUGACCACUGAUAGGUGAAAGGACUAGGCCUACAUAGAUUUGACCACUGAUAGGUGAAAGGACUAGGCCUACAUAGAUUUGACCACUGAUAGGUGAAAGGACUAGGCCUACAUAGAUUUUCACAGUACUAUUAGUCUUGCCUACCAAGUCCUUUCAAAUCAGUGGCCAUGCAGGAAAGGAGAUGGAGGAACGCAAGCUCUUUUCACUAUGGUGACAGAGACUGAGCUCUGAAUUCCUCUGACGUUAUAAUAAAGUGAACAGAGAACCUUUGAGGAUUACAGUGUCCAUAAUGCAUGGGGAAAGCAGAGCACCUCUUUUUACAAAUAUUAGUCACUGAAAUGCUCUGGUGGAUGAAUUCAUACAUGUGGAAAACACUGUCAUCCUGUUGUGCCUUAACGUUUCUUUUGUGUGUAUUUGUCUUAGAAUGGUACCGUGACAUGUAUUGACUGAAACAUUUAAUAAAAUGUAUAAUUUCACCUUCAA